AUGGUUCCACGUGAUUACAUAACUUCCGUCAAUGGCGCGCGCUUCGCCCCUGCAUUUCCUUUAGCACUGUGCGUCAGGCGCGGUGUGGAGUGUUGAACGGCGAAAUAGUAUUUUAGACAUAAGAAUGUUCUCCUCACUGCUGGAGGCGGCGCGCAGCUCGCCGUUCCACGGCCCGCUCACGCCGGCCAAGUGCGACGCCCUCGCCGCCCCCUCACAGGCCAUGGCCGCGAACGCCGCGCCCGCCGACCUCGGCGACUCGUGCGAGUUCGGCUCCGCCAAGUACUUCGCGCUCUGCGGCCUCGGGGGCAUCCUCUCCUGCGGUAUCACGCACACCGCCGUGGUGCCCCUGGACUUGGUGAAAUGCCGCCUGCAGGUGGACCCCGACAAGUACAAGAACGUGGUCAACGGAUUCAAGGUCUCCGUCAAGGAGGAGGGCAUGCGCGGCCUGGCCAAGGGCUGGGCGCCCACCUUCAUCGGGUACUCCCUGCAGGGUCUGUGCAAGUUCGGGCUGUACGAGGUGUUCAAGGUGGGCUACAACAACCUGCUGGACGAGGAGACCGCCUACACCUACCGCACGUUCGUCUACCUCGCCGCCUCCGCCUCGGCCGAGUUCUUCGCCGACAUCGCGCUGUCGCCGCUAGAGGCCGCUAAGGUCCGCAUCCAGACCAUGCCGGGCUUCGCGAACACGCUGCGCGAGGCGUGGCCCAAGAUGGUGCAGAACGAGGGCUACGGCACCUUCUACAAGGGGCUCGCCCCGCUGUGGGGCCGCCAGAUCCCCUACACCAUGAUGAAGUUCGCCUGCUUCGAGAAGACUGUUGAGCUGCUCUACAAGUACGUGGUGCCGAAGCCGCGCGCGGAGUGCUCGAAGGGCGAGCAGCUGGUGGUGACGUUCGCGGCGGGAUACAUCGCCGGCGUGUUCUGCGCCAUCGUGUCCCACCCCGCCGACACCGUCGUGUCCAAGCUCAACCAGGACAAGACCGCGACGGUGGGGUCCAUCGUGGGCAAGCUGGGCUUCGCGGGCGUGUGGAAGGGGCUCGGGCCCAGGAUCAUCAUGAUCGGCACGCUCACCGCGCUGCAGUGGUUCAUCUACGACGCCGUCAAGGUGUGGCUGCGCAUGCCGCGGCCGCCGCCCGCCGAGAUGCCGGAGUCCAUGCGCAAGCGCCUCGAGGCCGAGGGCAAACUCAACUAGACCACCACACGCCCAACGUACUAAACAAUGGACAACACUAGUACUUAGGGAACUCGCGCGGUAUCACACACGGAAUCUAUUUUAUUAGCUGACGUGAAUCUAAAGCUGCGUGUUUGCUGCGGCAGAGUGUGGAGUUACCAUUUAUGUCAUUUAUAAUGACAUUGAGACACUGUUGUAGUUCGUGCAAUGUGAGACGGUUCCGUGCCAAUUUGAAGUAUUCUUUAAAUCGGUAUGGAACCAUAAGUACAAUAUGGCGUUCCAAAUUUUAAGGGUGCUCAUACGUAAGGAUCUUUUCUUUGGAAUGUCACUAAUAGUUUACUUCAGCUGAUAAAACCUGUCCCGCGCCUCGGAUUCCGUACCACACUGUAUUAAUAGCCCGACGUGAUUAUUAAUAAUAAUUACUACCAAGUUGCAGUAUAAGUGAGCGAUCAUGUUAAUUUAUUAUUAAAUAAAUUAUAUUUUUAUUUAUUUAUGUAUUCCGUUUAUUUGAUGGCUGCGAUAAUGUAAGUAGUUGAUCGUUGAAUGAAAAAAGGUAAUAAAAUCAUCUCAACACC